UGAAGUGAGACCGAUAGGUGUUUUUAUUCGACGGCUCCGCGGUGAUCUUCUUCGGCCUCGCGGGUGUGGCGGCAGGUUCCUCCCACCUGUUGCGCUGCGGUGAUGCGCUGCUCCUCCUGGGAGACGCGCCAGACCUGCAGCGCGCUCCGGAAAACAGCCUCCCGACAUUUACAGGAAACAUCCUUUUAAUCGGCGUCACAUGAAGAGAUAUUAACUAACAUUGUACAAUGACUGCGAAUCAUGUACGAAAGCGUCGAAAAGGAGGGUCAACGGAAAGAUAACGAUGCGUUAGUCAAAACCGGUAGUUGUGAUCCCCUGGAAGACGCAUCUUCAAACUGGAGUUCUUACAAACUUAUUAUCGAUCCGGGGUUGAACGGCAGCAGCAGUCAGAAACUGUACCGCUAUGAUGGGCAGCACUUCAGCGCACCGCAUCCUGAGUGUUUCCCUGUGGAUGUCAUACGAGAUCCCAGAAUUCCACGUUUUUGGACAAAGUUCAAAGAAGCAGAUCUCCCAGUGCCCAAAUUUAAGGUUGAUGAUGAUUACGUUGGAGCGCCAAAGGAGCUGACAUUUGCGAGGCUUAAUGACAACAUUAGAGACGGAUUCCUAUCUGAAAUGUGUAAAAACUUUGGGGAGGUUCAAGAUAUAGCAGUUUUAUACAAUCCAAAGAAUAAGAAGCAUUUAGGAAUAGCGAAAGUUGUUUUUGAAUCUGUAAAGGCUGCAAAUAAUGCAGUAAAAAACCUCCACAACACUUCUGUGAUGGGAAAUAACAUCCAUGUAGAAUUUGACCCCAAAGGUGUGAAGAGGAACCGAUACUUCCAGAUGCUUGUUAGUGGCUUAUAUACACCUUUUACUCUUCCUGUUGGAGAAGAUGCCUGGGGUCCCCAGUCACCAUCCUCAUUCAUUGAGUAUGAACCACUGAAGAAGCUGACAUACACAUUAUCAUCAUCCUCAAUAUGUAAUGGCUCCCCUUCGUGGGAUUGUUCUACUCCUUUGUCCAUGGAUACCGCCUACUCCAGCAUGCAUCAGGACACACCCAGUAGCUUCUGGCAGACCCCUCAAUACCAAGAUACCCCCUGCACCCCUUCUUUGACUCAUAGUAGACCAUGCACACCAGCUCAGUGUGACAAGACCCCAAAUGAAUCAACAAUGAUAAACAGUGUCUCCAAUACCCCUUUUAUUCAAUCCAUCCCAAACAUCUCACAGCUUCAGCCCGACCAUGUGACUCAACCAGCCUCAAGCAAACCUAGCAUUAUUCAAGGUGCUGUGCAAAACUUUUGGAAGCUAGGUGGAGCUCCUUGUCAAAAUGGCAGCUUUUCAAAUAGGCAAAGAACUCCAGGAUGCAAUUCGCACCUUAGCAACCAUGUUCAUAGAGGACACCGGGCCAGACCUCUUGAGAGCAAGUAUCAAAAUGCAUAUAACCGUAGGCCACAGCACCACUAUAUACAUAGACCUGUAUAUAGGGGAGCUCAGUAUCGCUCUGGAUCUAUGGGCACUCAGUUGCCUUUUAGAAAUUGGCAGGAUGCUCCAAGCACACCGUCCCAUUUGGAUAGGCUCACGGGCCAAAACUUUACUGGCUCAAUCAAGGGCCUCAGUGUUAAUCACAGAUCUGUUGGUGAAGAUUCUCCAUCACUUUCUAAUUUGGAUAUACUGCCUCAAAAGGCUGUCGGAGUGGAUGGUUGUCACAUUUUUCCUGAUAUACAGAUUAAUGUAAAUAAGUCAGAAAAGAAUUUGAAUUGUACUCAAGAACCCUGUAAAACAACCCAUGAGGUGAACCAAAGUCAUUGUCUGCCACAAGACCGGUAUUCUCACUCAUAUUCCCCAAAACCGUGUUCUUCCUCUGAAACCACAGAAGAUCAUUCAGAGCCUAUUGUGGACUGUCCAUCUCCCGAAUCUGAAUCUCCUGCUCUGGAAUCAAAGCCUGACAGCCUGGACUCUCGCAUCCAGAUGCUUCUUAGUGGUGGAAGUCCAGUUCUGCCUCUUCUGAACCACGAAAGUUCAGACUCAGAGACUUCAACUACCGAAGAGUGCAAUCCAGGCUAUCUUCAACCUUCUCCCAAAGCUCCCAGCCCCUCUCCUUAUCGUAUCACAGAUGUCAACAUAAACUGUGACCAAACAUCAUCUAUUGGGAGAAAUAAUGACUCACAUCCAAAAGAAAGUUUAUCUGGCAUUGACGAUACAAGUCUCCCUUCACUCAGCGAUGUGGGAGACCAUGAUCUUUCAGCAGCUAAGAAGCCCAAGGUCAACUCAAGUGAAGCUGAAGAUACUUCAGAUCAGCCGUGUAGUAUACCAGUGAUCUGCAGUAACAGGAGCUCUUUGCCUCCAACUAUUCCUCAAAUGCCCCCACCUCCAAUCCUUAUAUCACCAUCUGCUCACUACCCCUCUCUGCCAUCUCCUAAUUUCCCCUCAAAACUGGGUCCAGCUCCACCUAUAGCUCCAUUUUUACCUGGACACACUAUGCUUAGUUCUUCCUGCCCGUUGUACCCUCCUCCAAAGAUCCAGCAAGUCUGUAGGUCACCCAGCUGGCAGGGUAGCCAAGUACCUCUUCCCAUUCCUACUAGAAUAACACAAGGGCAAACUUCAUUCUCACCUCCCUUCCCCCCUCCAACUUUCAAUUUCCUGACUCAUCGCCCACCAUACCCUUCCACUGGGUGUUCACCUACAAUGUUGAGGUUCAGAAUACCUUGGCCUCCACCCCCCAUGCCCAAGUUUGACCCCUCAGUACCACCACCGGGGUAUGUCCCUAUGAAGGAAUCACCCCAUAAGGCAACAGUGGAUGGAGUUCUAGCUGUUGUUGCUUCAGAGCUGCGGGCUAUCGUAAAGAAAGACAUACAUCGCAGGAUGGUUGAGAUUGUGGCCUUCAAAGCGUUUGAUCAGUGGUGGGAUGAUAAAGAACAGGCAGCUAAGGUGUCCACUUCAACUGUUAAAUCAGGAGAAAAUAAAGAUACAAUGCUCAGAGCAAUAAAGAAGAGCCUAAGAACGGGGAAUGCAGGGGUGGAAGGCUCCAUAUUGGGCACAGGGAAAAUAAGUCUGCAUGGUGGCAUCAAACUACCAUCUUUUAAGCUAAAGAGGAAGCAACCAUUAACUGAGGCUUUCGGUGAUGUCAAAAAGAUCUGUCCUUCUCCUGGUGUUGAGCACGCGGAGGAUGAAGAAUCCGUGCAGCAAUCAGCCAUAGAUAAUGUUGAAGAAGACGCAACCAAAAAACCAAGUGAAGACACUAUGGUGAAACGGAGACAUUCCAGACCUCUGGCAUUAGAUAGUGAGGAAGAAGAAGAUGAAGAGAUUUUUGAAAAAGCAGAGAAUCAACAUUCUGGGGAAGCUCAUGUGUAUGAUCAGAAGGGUGAUGAGAUGAAAGCUAAUGAAGUACGUAAAGAUGAGAAGAGGGAUCUUAGUGAUAUCAUAGAGGAUGAAGAUCAUUCAGAAACAGAUUCUAACUCAAGUUCAAACUCAUCUGCUUCUAAAAGCCAAGGAUAUAACUCCUUAGCCUCUCCAGGAACUGUCUUUGACUCUUCAGCUUCUUCUCCAUCUGUUAACUCCCUAGUUUCCUCCAGAUCUGUUUUUCACUCCUCAGAUGACAGAAGUGACGAUUCCUCAGACUCUCUUUCUUCUAGGGAGGACGAUCAGUUGGAUGGUGGAAAUUAUUUCCCUGAAAAUCCACAUCAGGACAGAAAAAUAGAAGAGACUAUUUGGAUUUCUUCAGAUGAGGAUGAACAUGAAAACCAGGAGAUCAUUCAUGAUCCCAUUUACUCGUCUUUUACACAGUGGGAAGACGAUCUUGACCCCCCUGUGACCCCGUCUGCUCCAGACUUAGUUGAUAGUGAUAUGGACCAUGAAUUAUUCGAUAUAGAUCCAGCUAACACAGAAGACCCAGAAGAGGAGCUGAGCGUAAGAGUUUAUAUGCAAGGUCUGAAACUACCUGAACCUCUCAGAUACACCUUACAGGACCCAGUUAAACACUGUUUAACUAACAAGCUAAAGCUCCCAGACCCAGUGAUAUUCUUCUCAGACCAGGAAUCAGAGCUACCAAGCCCACCGUCUCCCACAUACAGAGGAUUGUCAGAUGAUUUGGAGACACAAUACACUUCAGAUUCUGAGGACCAGAGAGUCAUUACGGAAAGACUGGAGGAUUCUGAGAACCUCAGACCCAUCACACCCACUGGAUCCCUGUCUGACAGCGACCCUGAAAUGGAGCUGGGACGGCGAAUUUCACCUCCUACUAUUGAGGAGGUGGAGCUGCCUCACACACCUGGGGGAUGUCUGGAAAUGGAGGAGACUGAGGAUCAUAUUUUACCUCCAGGACCACCUACACCACUACCACCUCCUCCCUCUCCCACAGGCAUCCACAGAUUUCCUUCAUCGCCCAUUUACCACUGUCCUCCUCUCUCUUUCUCAUACCCCAUGUAUGAGGAAAUACCAAAAACACCAGGCCGGGUCAAUGGUCCAAGACAGGUUUAUCACUCUGAGGGAAUAACACCAGUGGGAUUACUGCAAGAGACCUCACUGAGAAUGGGAAGCCCCUGUAACCCCAUUCUGUCUCCAUGUGCUGACAGCAGGAUCCCGAGGACUCCAGGGAGAGACAUGUCUCCAUCUCCACCCGUACGAACACAUAGAGACCUGUGGGCCAGUAGACUCCAUCAUCACAGCUCUGGUUUUGCACAGUCAGAGGUGCAAACUAACCAUUUUAGUUUAAAUAGGAGUCAUGCACCUCAUAUCUCCUCACGUCGAACAGCUUGUUUAGACACGGCACGCUUGAAAAAGCGACGAGAGCGACUUAAAACAAGAAGACGAAUGAUUGAAUUACAGCGGACAAGACAAUACACCAAUACUGAUUCAAUCUUGCCAGUAAAUAAUAUGACAACAAAAUCUUCAGUUUUGGAGCCUUUGGAUUGUGUCUCAGAUGUUAGGACGGAACAAAAGCCACCAGAAGCCUCUAGAGAGACGCGUUCACUAGAGGACAAACUUCAACAGAAUGAGAAUCUUCAGGAUUCUUCUUAUGUGUGGAGAAGGUGGAGAGAACCAUCGUCUACACGUCGCCUCAUUUUCUCUCCACGUUCUGAGAGAAGAGAGAAGCUGGUCCUCCAUGCCGUGUGGACGAAGGGGGUAAACGAAGAGGAGAUCAAUCACCUGAAGGCCACCUAUGAGAGGCUUGUGGUGGAGGAUAAAGAAUGUGAUUGGUUGAACAGGACACGCUGGAUCCCACAUCCUCCAACCAGCAGUCCUGAUGACAAGCCAAGAAGAUGGCAGGAUGGAAUCAGGAAUCAUGUGACAGGUUGUGCACGCAGUGAGGGUUAUUACAGCAUCAGCAAGAGGGAAAAGCUACAAUAUCUCAAGGACGAAAUAUCCGCUUCAGAAGAGUUUAUUUCAGAUCAGGGGAAAAGUGUGCCAGCUCAGAUUCCAUCUUCAUCCAGAUCUGGAUCAGAACUCAGAGCAGAACAGCGCCGCCUGUUGUCCUCCUUCAGCUGUGACAGCGACCUCCUGAAGUUCAACCAGCUCAAGUUCCGUAAGAAGAAGCUGCGUUUUGGCAGGAGUCGUAUUCAUGACUGGGGGUUGUUUGCAGAGGAACCCAUUGCUGCAGAUGAAAUGAUCAUUGAAUACGUAGGCCAGAGCAUUCGACAGGUGAUUGCAGACAUGCGUGAAAGGCGCUAUGAAAACGAAGGUAUUGGAAGCAGUUAUCUGUUCCGGGUCGACCAGGACACUAUCAUUGAUGCAACCAAGUGCGGUAACCUGGCAAGAUUCAUCAAUCACAGUUGCAAUCCAAACUGCUAUGCCAAAAUCAUCACUGUUGAAGCUCAAAAGAAGAUUGUCAUCUACUCUCGGCAACCUAUUGGUGUAAAUGAAGAGAUCACUUACGAUUACAAAUUCCCUAUUGAGGAUGAGAAGAUACCCUGCCUGUGUACUGCAGAGAACUGUAGAGGAACCCUCAAUUAGACAAGGACUCAUCUUGCACACUCAAAGUAUUAGCAGUAAACAUGUUUCAGUUAACAUGAACCUGUUCUUUCAAGUCUGUGAGGAACAAGGGGUUUUUCACAGGGGCAAAUAGAAAUCCAACAUUUAGGUACAUCAUUUCCAGGAGAUUUUAUUUCGUGCAUGUUUAAAUUUGGAAAACGUCCAGAGCAAAAGGGUCAGGGCAUAUUUAAAGCUCACUGGUGUUUUUCAUGAUUUUAAUUUAUUAGAUUGUUAAAGUUAAAUAUGCUUUCAUGAGUUGUAUUGUGAAAUAUAAAUUUAAAUAAAAAGUAU